AUGAUUCUGUUCAGGUCAAGAAAACUCAACUUCAUUCCAAUACCCCAGAAGGGCAGCUGGCUUUAUAGCAAGGAGCAUGAGAAGAGCUCAGAUGUCUCCGUUGGUCAGUUUCCUCAACAGUGUCCAUCCCAACUGGACUCUGUAUUUCAGGUGCUGGAGGACAAUAUCGUCACAUUUGUUAAAAAACAGCUGGACACAAUUAAAAGCAGUCUGAGCUCAGAUGGGCUUGAAAGCUUUGAGCCUGAUGGCGAGGACGGAGACUCACUGCUGAGGAAGAGCCACAUGGAGGCUUUUCUGAAAAUUGUUCUGCACUUUCUGAGGACACAAGGACAAGUGGAUCUGGCUGACCGUCUGGAGAGUAAUCUCUCACAUGCUGUUUGCCAACGCAAACAUAAACGCUUCCUGAAAAAGAAAUUUCAGUGUGUGUUUGAAGGGAUUGCUAAGGCAGGAAACCCAACCCUUUUGAAUCAGAUCUUCACAGAGCUCUUCAUCACAGAGGGUGGGACUACAGAUGCUAAUGAUCAUCAUGAGGUCAGACAGAUUGAAACAGCAAGGAUGGCACAAUACAAACCAGAAAUGACAAUCAAAUGUGAAGACAUAUUCAGUUCCACACUGAUGAAUAAACGAGUAAGAGCUGUGAUGACAAAGGGAGUGGCUGGUAUUGGCAAAACGGUCCUAACGCAGAAGUUCACUCUGGACUGGGCUGAAAACAAAACCAACCAGGACAUCCAGUUCAUAUUUCCGUUCACAUUCAGGGAGCUGAAUGUCUUGAAAGGGAAAAAGUUCAGCUUGGUGGAACUUGUUCAUCAUUUCUUUACUGAAACAAAGGAAACAGAAAACUGCAGGUUGGAAGAUAUCCAUGCUGUGUUCAUAUUUGACGGUCUAGAUGAGUGUCGACUUUCUCUGGACUUCUACAACACUGAGAUCCUGACUGACGUUACAGAGUCCGCCUCAGUGGACGUGCUGCUGACAAACCUCAUUAGAGGGAAGCUGCUUCCCUCCGCUCGUCUGUGGAUAACCACACGACCUGCUGCGGCCAAUCAGAUCCCUCCUGGUUGUGUUGACAUGGUGACAGAAGUCAGAGGGUUUGCUGACCCACAGAAGGAGGAGUACUUCAGGAAAAGAUUCAGAGAUGAGGAGCUGGCCCACAAGAUCAUCGCCCACAUCAAGACGUCCAGAACCCUCCACACCAUGUGCUACAUCCCAGUCUUCUGCUGGAUCACUGCUACAGUUCUGGAGCAUGUCUUCAAAACCAGUCAGACCAAAGAGCUGCCAAAGACAAUGACUGAAAUGUACAUCCACUACCUGGUGGUUCAGGCUAAGCUAAAAUCAAUCAAAUAUAACAAAACAGCUGAAACAUAUCCAUGCUGGUGUCCAGAAACCAGGGAUAUGAUCAAGUCUCUUGGAAAACUGGCAUUUGAGCAGCUGCAGAAAAGAAACCUGAUCUUUUAUGAAUCAGAUCUGAAAGAGUGUGGAAUCAGUAUUCAAGAUGCAUCAAUGUACUCAGGAGUGUUCACACAGAUCUUUGUAGAGGAGCAAGGCCUGUACCAGAACAAGGUGUUCAGUUUUGUACAUUUGAGCGUUCAGGAAUUUCUGGCGGCUCUUCAUGUACAUCUAACGUUCGUCAACCAUGGUGUUAAUCUUGUUAAUCUACUUGGAGAAGAGCAAACUGUACUUUCAAAGUCAGACACAAGCAAAACUACUGAGGCAAGUUUCUACAAAACUGCUGUGAACAAGACCUUACUGAGCCUAGGUGGACAUCUGGACCAGUUCCUUUGUUUCCUCCUAGGUCUUUCAUUGGAGAGCAAUCAGACUCUCCUACAAGGCCUGCUGAUGAAGACAGAAAAUAGCAUACAGACAUAUAAUGAAAUGAUCCACUACAUCAAAGACAAGAUUAGUGGGAGACUUUCGACAGAGAAGAGUCUUAAUCUGUUUUACUGUUUGAGUGAGCUGAAUGACCAUUCCUUGGUGGAAGAGAUUCAGCAAUCUUUGAGAUUAGGACGGCUCUGCACAGACAGCCUGUCCCCUGCUCAGUGGUCAGCCCUUGCGUUCAUCUUGCUGUCCUCAGAAAAAGAUCUAGACGUUUUUGACCUGAAGAAAUACUCUGCCUCUGAAGAGGCUCUUAUGAGGCUGCUGCCUGUUGUUAAAGCUGCAAACAAAGUCUUGCUGUGUUUCUUUGAUUUCUCAACAAGUAGUCUUGAAGCUCUGUCCUCAAUUAUCAGCUCACGGUCUUCUAAUCUGAGAGAGCUGGACAUAAGUAACACAAAGCUCCAGGACUCAGGCCUAAAUCUCCUGAUGGAUGGACUGGAACCAGCAGGACACUGCACACUGGAGUCCCUCAGAUUGAGUCUCUGUAACCUCUCGGAGAGAUCCUGUAGAACUAUAUCUUCACUUCUCAGCUCUCAGUUCUCUCAUCUAAGAGAACUGGAUCUGAGUAACAACGACCUAAAGGAUUCUGGAGUGAAGCAGCUGUCUGGUGGACUCGAGAGUCCGUACUGCAAACUGGAAACACUCAGGCUGUCAGGCUGCUUAAUUACAGAAGAAGGUUGCCUUUCUCUGCUCUCAGCCCUGAGCUGUAACUUCUCCCAUCUGAGAGAGCUUGACCUGAGCUACAAUCACCCAGGAGACGCAGCCGCAAAGCUUCUUUCUGCCAGACUGGAAGACCCAACAUGGAGACUGGAGAUUCUUAUGCUGGAGAAUGAUGGAGUCAAAUGGUUGAGACCAGGUCUGAAAAAGUAUUCCUGUAAGCUGACGUUUGACAGGGACACGGUAAACAGACGUGUUGAAUUGUCUGAAAACAACACAAAUAUGACAUUUCUGACAGAGGUACAGUCGUAUCCUGACCAUUCAGAAAGAUUUGAGUUCUGGUGUCCGCAGCUGCUGUGCGAACAGGGUGUUACUGGUCGCAGUUACUGGGAGGUCGAGUGGAGUGGAAGAGUUUACAUCGCAGUAAGCUACAGAGGAAUUAAAAGGAGUGGAAAAAUUAAGGAGUGUUUGUUUGGAUGGAACGACCAGUCCUGGAGUCUGAUCUGCUCCGAAGAUGGGUACUCCGUCUGGCACAAUGACAGGAUGACUCCAGUCUCUUCCUCCUCCAUCUCCCACAGAGUAGCAGUCUAUGUGGACCACCCGGCUGGGAUCCUUUCCUUUUACAAAGUCUGCUCUGACACGCUCAUCCAUAUCCAUACAUUCAGCACCACAUUCACAAAACCUCUGUUUCCUGGGUUUGGGUUCUGGUCUGGUUGGCCUUGCUCCUCAGCGAGUGUUUUACCCGCCUGUUGACCGCGCUGUAAAGAGUUACACUCAUCUGUUGAUAGCUACCAUCCACCUUAUGGCUCACUUGUGAACAGAGAGUGAGAAAAAUUACCUCCACACAUUGGGCUCUUUGCACAGUGAACUAAAUAAAUUUAGAAGAUAGAAUAUGUUUUCCCUAAGGGAGGAGUGUACAAAAGGUUAGCAAAGCAGAGAGGGGACAGGACUUAGCUGGACAGCAGGUUCCAGUGGAAUAUUGUAACGAGAUAAGUGCUUAGGAUCAGAUAGAGGAACGUUUGGAGAAAGCCAAUAAACUGAAUGCUCCUCUAUAGGUUCAAUUCAAGAUCUUCUAAACAUCGUGCUUCAUGCCAAUUAUAAUGAGGUUUUCUUUGGAAUUUUAUAGAAUUACCCUUUAAAUUGUAUGACAGAUUUUAUUUUUCUUUCAUCCUUCCACGA